CGUAAAAUUAUGAUAACAAAACUGUAGUUCGUGUAAUUUGAUUGGUGGACGGACGGAAGGAUAGUGUUCAAGUUUCGGCUCAAUCAACGAAACGAUUCAACGACCGACGACCUUUGGCCACAUACAUUUGAACCAAUGAUUUUUUGAAUUUUUAUGAAUUAAGAGUAUCGAAAUGGCCCUAAAAGGAUUGAAGGUGUUGGAGUUCGCCGGACUUGCUCCUGGACCAUUCUGUGGGAUGAUUCUGGCGGACUUUGGAGCGACCGUCACCCGAAUAGAUAAGACACCGACCAACAGCUUGGAUGUUCUGCAAGGCGGCAAGAGAACGUUGGCUUUGGAUCUGAAGAAACCCAAGGCAGUGGAAAUAGUACGAUCGCUCUGCCGGUCGUCCGAUGUGCUGAUAGAACCAUUUCGACCAGGCGUAAUGGAAAAGCUGGGUCUAGGACCCAGCGAAAUGAUGACCGAGAACCCGAGAUUGAUCUACGCCCGGCUGACGGGGUUCGGCCAAAAUGGUCCCCACGCACCCCGAGCAGGCCAUGACAUCAACUAUGUGGCCCUGUCUGGCAUCCUAUCAUUGUUCGGUAGGAAAGGCGAACGGCCUACGGCGCCGAUUAACUUAGCAGCCGACUUUGCUGGUGGUGGAUUGUUGUGUGCCUUUGGCAUUCUGGCAGCCCUAUUGGAGCGGCAUCACUCCGGAAAGGGGCAGAUCGUGGAUCACGCAAUGGUGGAAGGUGCUGCGUAUGUAGGAAGUUGGCUGAUUCGUUCGCAGAAUCUCCCUGUUUGGGGUAAGCCCCGUGGAGAGAACAUUCUCGACACCGGAGCGCAUUUUUACGAUACCUUUGAAACCAAGGAUGGGAAAUAUAUGUCGGUCGGCGCCUUAGAACCCCAAUUCUAUAAGGAACUGCUGCAAGGAUUAGAUUUGGAGGGUAACAUCGCACAGUAUGACGAUGACGAUAAAGCGCGUCACCUGGUCGAAGCAGUGUUCCGCACCAAAACCAGAGACGAAUGGACUGAUAUCUUCUCCAAUCGAGAUGCAUGCGUAUUCCCAGUGCUCGAGUUGAACGAAGUAAACCAAUACACGCACAAUAGGGAACGCAAUGCCUUCCUAGAUCGAAGCGAAACAAAGGACGAUCAAUUGGUUCCGAAUCCUGCUCCGAAACUCAGUAGAACACCGGCCUCUGCUGGGGCACUGGCCGAACAGAAAGACGAACUGCAAAUGGUAGAGGAAAUUUGCCAAGAAAUAGCUCUGGGACCGGAAGAUGUCGCUGAACUGUGCAAGGAAAAAGUAAUACUAACGAGCAUCGUGCCAAAGCUGUAGCUGCCCCUGUGGGUUUAUUAUUUAAGGAUAGGUACAAAGGACAUUUGUGAUUUUGAUAUUGGUUUGAGCCGUUUACAUAAUAUAAUGGUUAUGGAGUUUAAAUACAAAAAAGUAUUCGACUACUGA